AUGAGCCGACAUGACUCCAUCGCCCGGUCCAUCGUCUCGGCCAUCCGGAACGGCAGGCGGAACCGGAGCCGGAGCGUCCUCUCCCUCAUCUUCGCCAUCCUGUCCUCGAUUUUCUCCUUCUUUCAACUAAACUUGCAGAAGAUUCGCCCUCUGUAUUUUGCGAAUUUGCGGAGAAAUCACUGGGAUGUCGAUGAUGAUGCCUACAUUGAAUCAUUCCGCAGCAGGGAUAGCUUGAAGUCGAUUGGCGACAUGGGCUUCUCAGGCUCCUCUUUCUACGCCACAAGUGACCAAAAGUACCUGGUCAAGUCGGUUCCUCGGCAUUCAGAACACUCCUUCUUCCGCGACGACCUGUUGACCCCGUAUGUCCAGCACAUGGAAUCAUAUCCCAACUCCAUGCUCGUCCGUAUUUUUGACUUCCUCGGCCCUCGGGGCCCCUCCAUCGGCCGGGCGCUUGGGCUGGCCCCUUCGCACCACAUCGUGAUGGAGAAUAUAAUGCGCGGUCAGGACCAGACGGAGGAGCAGGGCAGGGCGGCGUUGUGGGAGAAAUGGGACCUGAAGCCAGCGUCGUACUUCUACCCGGAGAGAGACAUUGCCGACGGGCGGCUGACAAGCGACUCGACCAAGAGGCAACUGGCAGACGAGUUCCACGACACGAUCGCCCUGACCCGCGAGCAGUCCGGCCGGUUCUUUGCAAGCCUCGAGCUGGACACGAAACUGCUUGCGGACCACAACGCCGUCGACUACUCGCUCUUCCUAGUCCGCAUCACGCCACAAGGUAGCGGGUCGCCCCGGCAGGAAGCAGCACCUGAAGAACCGUCAGGAUCGGACGCGACGCCCGGAAAGGCGCCUCUCGCCGUCCCCGAACCACAGUCGUGGCGGACUGGGAUCGCUUCCCGAGAUGGGAAGCACGUUUUCCGCGCGGUUCUCCUCGAUUUCUUCUGGGCCAAGCAUAAGUCGCGGCCGAGGUUGAUGACGCUCCUGAUCACUCUGUGGAACCUGGUUGGCCGGCAUGGGCACAUGAGCAUCACCACUACUCCGGAUGAGUAUCGCGAGAGAUUCCUGAAGAUGUGUCGGGACAUCGUGGUGGUGGAGGAUUGA